AUGCACAGGUCCUACCAGCCGUUAAAGCCCGUCACCAACCGCUACCUGCAGCAGCGAUGGGACCAGAACAACUACGAAAACCACCGCAGGAAGGUGAGCUUGGCCCUGCCGGUAGUGGACAACAAGGGCAUGAGGACACCAGCUCACGUGCAGCUCAAACUGAAAAAACUACAGCUGCAGGAUGAGCGGCUGUCCGUCAUCAACAGAGACAACCGCCUCUUGGCCUCCAAACUGGCCGACAUCGUUUGCUCUCAAGGCCUGGUGGACCAUCAGAACCAGUACCACCUGAGGAGUCUGAACGCUGACAAGAGGAGGGAGGAGCUUCUGCUGGUCAGCCGUCAGAAUCAGGCUAUCUACCAGCGAAUCACGUCUCGCCAGUCAGAGUACCGCCGCCAGCUGUGGCUGGAUGACUGGGAGAGGGCGGAGCAUCGGCGGGACGACAUUUCCCGAUACUCCCGUGGGCUCGCAGAUAAACAGAAGUCGCACAAGAAGGUGAAGUUUGCAGCCGUGGAGGACGGCGACCGGUCGACACAGACGGGACCGGCCGACACCGACCGGACUCACACAAACAAGCACAGCAAAUUAGACAAACUUUCCUCAGCUAACAGCUUUAAUAAAAAAUGA